AUGGCUCCAUCCGUUCCUGAAAUCGCUGAGACCGCGCAACACCCGCCGAACAUCGAGGUCACGAACCUGCAGUUCACGUAUCCCGGAAUCGACGGCCAGCCGCCGCCCGGCGCCAAGCCGCUCAUCGACGGCUUCUCCCUCACGCUGCACCCCGGCGAUCGUUGCCUUCUUGUCGGCGCGAAUGGCGCAGGCAAAACCACCAUUCUCAAGAUCCUGGGAGGCAAGCACAUGGUCGAUCCCUCCAUGGUUCGGGUCCUGGGCCGCUCAGCCUUCCACGACACUGGGCUAGAGGCGUCUGGCGCUCUCACGUACUUGGGUGGCGAGUGGCGCAGGGAUGUGGCGUUCGCAGGCUUUGAUGUGCCGCUACAGAUGGACAUAUCCGCAAGGAAGAUGCUCUUUGGCGCUGCUGCGGACGCUGCCAGGAGGGACAGGCUUAUCAAGGUGUUGGAUAUUGACUUAGAGUGGCGGAUGCACAAAGUAUCAGAUGGACAGAGGAGGCGCGUGCAGAUCGCCAUGGGCCUACUGAAGCCGUUCAAGGUGCUCUUACUGGACGAGAUCACUGUUGAUCUGGAUGUGUUGGGUCGAGCCGACCUGAUGACGUUUCUGAGGGAGGAGUGCGAGCAGAGGGGAGCAACAAUCGUGUAUGCCACACACAUAUUCGACGGGCUGCAGACAUGGCCCACUCACAUUGCAUACGUGGCAAAGGGCAGGCUGCAAUUUACCAAGCAAUCGACAGAGUUCCCAGAACUGGCCUCCACCACUCUUAUG